AAGCUCCAUGCUUUAUGGAGUAGCAUUAGCACAUUUAUAAAUAAACUUUUUUUUUUAAUUGUGGAACAUUGUUGCCGUGAAGAUGAAGGAAACUCCGCUGUCCAACUGCGAGCGACUGUUUUUACUCAGCGCCAUUAAAGAGAAGAAGCGCUUAGAUGGAAGACAAACCUACGACUACCGCAAUAUAAAAGUCACGUUUGGAACCGAUUUUGGAUGCUGUACAGUCAGUCUGGGUAAAACAAGGGUUCUGGCUCAGGCGUCGUGUGAGCUGGUCCCUCCGAAAGACUCCCGUCCCACCGAGGGUCUCGUGUUCUUCAACCUGGAGCUUUCACCCAUGGCGUCGCCCUCCUUCCAAUCCAGCAGACAGUCGGAGCUGCUGGUGAUGCUGAACAGGCAGCUGGAGAGAUGUCUGAGGAACUCCAGGUGUAUCGACACGGAGUCGCUGUGUGUCAUCUCAGGAGAAAAGGUCUGGCAGAUCCGUGUGGACGUUCACGUCCUGAACCACGACGGAAACCUGAUGGACGCGGCGAGCGUGGCCGCCAUAUCCGCCCUCUGUCACUUCAAGAGACCCGACGUGGCCAUCCAGGGUCGCGAGGUCACCGUGUUCAGCGCAGAAGAGAGGGAUCCCAUUCCACUAAGUGUUUAUCACAUGCCCAUCUGUGUGAGCUUCGCCUUCUUCCAGCAGGGCACGUAUCUGCUGGUGGAUCCGUGUGAGAAGGAGGAGCUGGUGAUGGACGGCCUGUUGGUCAUCGCCAUGAACAAACACAGAGAGAUCUGCUCCGUCCAGUCCAGCGGGGGCAUCAUGCUGCUCAAGGACCAGGUUCUGAGGUGCAGCAGGAUCGCCAGUGUGAAAGUGUCCGAAAUCACCGAGCUCAUCAACAAAGCCUUGGAAAACGACAAGCGGGUCAGGAAGGAAGGCGGGAAGUUCGGCUUCGCGGAGUCCACGCCCGAGGACAGGGUCACCGUCUCGAAGAAGGACGAGACCCCCGUGGAGACGACCGGCGUCCAGGAGACGGCGGAGGAGAUCGUCAGCAACGCCGAAGCUCCUCCUGAAACCGUCUCAUCUCCCGUGAUCGUCGCCACGGGAACCGGACAGGUAGGAGAGGGACUGCAGAGCACGUGGGGUCUGGAGGACGAAGAGGAGGACAUGGAGACCGGCGUAGACGGUCCAAAGAAGGAAGACGCAGACGUGAUGGUCAUCUCAGACAGCGAAGAAGAGGAAGUCGUGAUUCUGUCUAAAAGUGGACUGAAUGACUGAAGGAGGACAGGAUGAGGGACGUCUGAAGACGAAGCCACCAAUGUGCAUCCAGACGUGCAGAAAAUGAUUAAUACACGUUUGAUAAAUAAAUAUUCUUUUUUA